AUGCAUGGGCCAACAACGGCCCUCAAACGUCCCCAAGAGAUCCCUCCAAAUUGGCGCGACUUCAGGCACCUCACUCUAUCCGAAGAGGAAGUCGACUAUAAGGGCUUAUUCGAUCCUUCGUUCGCACACCAGGUCAGGCUCGGCAUCGAACUUCCUGCUCUGGCAUUCGCGGCGUGCAUGGCUGUGGACGAAUGGAAUAUGGUGGAAUUGACAUUAUUGUCGAUUGCUGGAGUGUCCAGCAAGCUGUACCUAAUUAAAUUUGGGAGCGGAAGGAAGAUAGUCGGUCGCAUACGCAUCACCCCGAUGGACAGUCUCUCCGAGCUUCAGAAACGAUGUUACCGCGAGCGCCUCGAAUCUGAGGUAGCGACGCUAACGUACGUCCGCCUUUUCUGCUCGGACAUACCCACGCCCGUGGUAUGGGCCUGGAACGGCAGUGCUGAGAACGCUGUGGGAGCUCCGUAUGUCCUGCUGGACUACGUGGAAGGGGAGACCUUGGAAGAUGUGUGGCACAAUUGUUCGGAUCCCACGGAAAAGACGACCAUCCUCCAAGAGGUCGCAAAACAUCACGCGGCGCUCGCAAAAGCCGUUCUUCCUUUUCGGGGCUUCGGCGCGUUACGCUUCACGAGUGUGGUAGGAGAAGAGCGUCUAUUGAACGAUACCGAUUUUCGAUUGGGGCCGUUUCUGUCUGAGGGCCGGCACUUCCGAGUAACCAAGUCACGUCGGCUUGUCUCGCCUCCUCCCACCGCCGCGCUCUCGCCUAGUGAUCUCUGGCGAGACCUUUUAGUGGAAGAGCGCCGUAGCCAUUUGAUCUGUUGGGGCGCGGUCCCGGAAACAUCAGUGGUGCUUCCGAAAGAUGACAUAGACAGCCCCGUGAAUGUAGAUGUCGCCUGGAACGAUAUCCAGGCUGCCAGCAAGUUGGUUGAGCGCCUCAUUUCGGCAACGAGGGUGCCCCCUUGGCUAUGUUCGCCAUGUUUCUCGAUUUCGGAUUAUGCGUUUAGAAACGUUAUCUACGAUCCCGGUGAGUAG